AUAUCAGUGUCGGGCGGUAGUUGUCUUCCAAAAAACAAAAAUCCACAAUUAUGAUUUUUUUUGGGCCGAUAUCAUCUCUAGUUGGAUGUCUAUUCAUUCUAGCAAAAUAUGAAGGAAAUGCUGAGUAGGCACUAGGCAUGCGUGCGCGUCGGAUGAGCGAGGUGUCAGUUGUAAAUCUAGCACACCCGGCUACAACAACAAUAAGGAGGAGCCACUGGGCAGAGCUGGAAGGUCGUGGUUAGCACUCUCCACCACAUUCUUACAUCACCACACACCCGGCCGGAGAGUGAGGAAACUCCUCAGCGGAAUAUUUUUCUACAGAGGACUCCUUCAGACCGGUAUUUUGUCAACUAGCGAAUGUUCGCUAAAUGAAGGAGUUAAAAUCCCAAAGACCUCGGACUUCUGCGUGGCCUUCCAGACGAGCACAUCUAGCCAGAAAGCAGCGGUAUCUCCAGUUUAGCCGUGCCCAGCCCCACACACCUCACCGGCCUGGCUCAAGGAGGGAGGGAAAAUAAUCAGGUUGCUGAUAUUGUGGGUUCAAUAUUUUUUGCUUUAAACGCGUCAUGACUUCUGGUUAUUAUUGUCAGUGCAAUGGCUAUUGAAAGACUGCCCAGAAUUGGUUUCGAAUUUGGAAGGUCGUUAAAUUGCAAGUUUGUUUCCGUAGCCUAAAGAGGCACGAGUGCUCACAAGCUAGUAACGUUAGCGACAGUGACAACACAGCAGACGAGUUCCAUCUCUCCAGACGCGACUUCCAGAGGCUGUUCAGUGUGCUUACAUGGGACUAUUUCCGAUAAUGCAACAGCCUAUAGUCUUUUACCGAGCAGCCUACUCACUUGAGCAACAGAACACACAUUUGUAACGAGGAACCAAAUAAUAUUUUCUAAGCUAGCCAUCUUGCUAGACAGGCCAGCUUCCUUGUAUCAAAUAGCAAACAGUCUAGUACUAGCUAAUUAUGUUAAUGGUGGCUGGGCUGCUUUGUCAGAACUAUGGAAAUUAAAACGACAGUAAUUUGUUUUAAAGUACGUGUUUUUAGAUUUAUAAGCAAAUCGUAUAUAAUUUUAAUGAGAAAUUGACUCCAAACAAGGAAGCUAGUAUUUAUCGUAUUUCUUUAUGGUAUCUAUCACAUUUAAGUUGUAUAUGAGUCGCUGAUAGCCAACGAAAAGGACUCGAUUUUGGAUAUCAAUUGACGAGCCCCCAGUGUCCCUGGUUUUAACUGGAUUUGGCCUCCCUUUUGGAUCGACGUGGGAGCAGCGGGAUUUCGACGUCCACUCAUCUGUCACGUCGAUAUUUUUUGUAUACAUUUUCCUAUCCAUCCUUUCCACAACCUUUCCCCGUUUCUCUCUCCGAUGCGGAGUGUUGAGUAGCGCCAGUAACCAAAUAGAGAACGGCGGCCGGACAUGCUGAAGUGUAUCCCUUUGUGGCGCUGUAACCGCCACGUUGAGUCGGUGGACAAGCGACAUUGUAAUUUGCAAAAUGUCCCCGACGAGAUAUUCCGCUACAGCCGUAGUCUGGAGGAGCUUCUCCUCGACGCCAACCAACUCCGAGAACUACCCAAGCCUUUCUUCAGACUUCUGAACCUGCGGAAGCUGGGUCUGAGUGACAAUGAGAUCCAGAGGCUCCCUCCUGAGGUGGCCAACUUCAUGCAGCUGGUGGAGCUCGAUAUUUCCAGAAACGACAUUCCCGAGAUCCCCGAGAGCAUUAAGUUCUGCAAGGCAUUGGAGAUUGCAGACUUCAGUGGAAACCCCCUCUCCAGGUUGCCUGAUGGUUUCACUCAGCUCAGAGGGCUCGCCCACCUGGCACUCAAUGACGUGUCGUUGCAGACACUGCCCAACGACAUAGGAAACCUGGCCAACCUGGUGACGCUGGAGCUCAGGGAGAACCUGCUCAAGUCCCUGCCCACGUCACUCUCUUUCCUGGUGAAACUGGAACAACUGGACCUGGGCAGCAAUGAACUGGAUGUGUUGCCGGACACACUUGGUGCUCUCCCUAACCUACGGGAGCUGUGGUUGGACCGCAACCAGCUCUCCUCGUUGCCACUAGAGCUGGGGAACCUGCGGAGGCUGGUGUGUCUGGACGUUUCGGAGAACCGCCUAGAGGAGUUGCCCUCAGAGCUCAGCGGCCUGCUGGCCCUCACUGACCUGCUGCUCACACAGAACCUCCUGGAGGUGGUCCCUGACAGCAUAGGCUCUCUGAAGCAGCUGUCCAUCCUGAAAGUGGACCAGAACCGACUGACCCACCUGAGUGACUCCAUAGGAGAGUGUGAGAACCUGACGGAACUCGUACUGACCGAGAACCUCUUACAGACUCUGCCUCGCUCGCUGGGCAAACUGAAGAAGCUGACCAACCUGAAUGUGGACCGCAACCGGCUGGGCGGCGUGCCUGAUGAGCUGGGCGGUUGUGCCAGCCUCAACGUGCUCUCCCUCAGAGACAACCGCGUGGCCAAACUGCCCGCCGAGCUGGCUGACGCCACCGAGCUCCACGUUCUGGACGUGGCAGGGAACAGGUUACAGAACCUGCCGUUUGCCCUGGCCAACCUCAACCUGAAGGCCAUGUGGCUGGCAGAGAACCAGUCCCAGCCCAUGCUCAAGUUCCAGACGGAGGACGACGACAGCACCGGGGAGAAGGUGCUCACCUGCUACCUGCUGCCCCAGCAGCCCUCCCCCAGCCUGGAGAACCUGCUGCAGAACAGUGUGGACGAUAGCUGGAUAGACAGCAACCUGAACCGUGUGUCAGUUAUCCAGUUCCAGGAGGAGACCACCAAGCAGGACGAGGACGAUGAGGCGGCUGCAGAGCGCAGGGGUCUCCAGCGCCGGGCAACUCCCCACCCCAGUGAGCUGAAGGUGAUGAAGAAGGUGAUUGAGGAGAGGAGGAACGAGCCCUACAUAUCAAGGCCUGAUGGAGAGACGGAGUCUCCUGGUACUGAGGAGAAGCGUCUGAGCAAUCUGUCCAAUCAGAGCCACGACUCUGCGGCGUCCAACAGCACGGCCUCUGCCAACUCUCACGAGGAGAGGCGGUGUCUGAUGACCACAGCGGGUGAGAGCCUAGUGGGUGGGCAUGGCGAACAGGAGGAGGAGGAGGAGCUAGACGAGAUGGAGGUGGAGUAUGUAGAGCCCACGGUGCACUUUGCAGAGGAGCCCAUCUACCAGGGUGGGGAUGAGGACGGUGAGGAUGAGGAGGGUGAGGAUGGGGUCCCAUGCAGCGACGUAGAGGAACAGAGGCCCCAGUUCCCCACGGAGAAGCAGCGUCUGAUCAGGAAGGACACGCCGCACUACAAGAAGCACUUCAAGAUCACCAAGCUGCCCAAACCUGAGGCGGUGGCCGCGUUACUGCAGGGCUUCAGCCCCGACGCACACCUGGCCCAACACCCCACCUCGCACCACCCUGACCCCGAGGAGGAGGAGGAGGAGGAGGAGGAAGAAGAAGAGGAAGAGGAGGAGGAGUGUAUGGUUACUCCACAGCGCCACAACAGGAUAGAAGAGCCAGAGCUGGAGGAUAGGAGUCUGCUUCAUGUCAACUCUUCCCUGCAGCCGGUCAAGGGGGUGUCAUUUGAUCAAGUCAAUAAUCUGCUGAUUGAGCCUGCUCGAAUUGAGGAGGAAGAGCACACCCUGACCAUUCUACGGCAAACUGGGGGCCUGGGCAUCAGCAUAGCCGGAGGAAAGGGAUCCACACCCUACAAGGGGGAUGAUGAGGGAAUUUUCAUCUCCAGGGUGUCUGAAGAGGGCCCUGCAGGCCAGGCUGGGGUCAAGGUGGGAGACAAACUCCUAGAGGUGAACGGUGUGGCUCUCCAGGGGGCGGAGCACCACACGGCGGUAGAGGCCCUGCGCAGCUCAGGCGCUACCGUCUCCAUGAGCAUCCUCCGGGAGCACAUGGUGGAGCCGGAGAACGCAAUCACCACCACACCGCUGAGGCCCGAGGACGACUACUUCCCCCGGGAGAGACGGGCAAGCGGCCUUCCCUUUUGCAUUGAGGCAGGCUCCCCCGCAGGCCCCCGACACAGGCUGUCUACCUGCCUGGUCCGCAACGACAAGGGUCUGGGCUUCAGCAUUGCCGGGGGCAAAGGCUCCACAGCCUACCGCACAGGGGACAUGGGGAUCUACAUCUCGCGGAUCGCUGAGGGAGGGGCGGCCCACAGAGACCGCAUGCUCCGAGUAGGGGACAGGGUCAUCACCAUCAAUGGUGUAGACAUGACAGAGGCCAGGCAUGACCAGGCAGUAGCGCUGCUUACCGGCACCUCUCCCACCAUCGCUCUCCUGGUGGAGCGUGACCAGGCCGAGCCGGGCACCGCAGGGGGCUCCCCGGGCCUGUCCCGCGCCCGCGCCCACUCCCCCCCACCUCCAGAGCCCUCUGACUCGCCCGACCAGGAAGAGGGCAAUGACGACUCGAGCCUCUUGCCCCACGGGAACCACCUCAGCCAGCCGCUGGAGGACGAAUACCCCAUCGAGGAAGUGGCGUUGGUGAAAGCGGGCGGCCCCCUGGGACUGAGCAUCGUGGGAGGCAGUGAUCACGCCAGUCACCCGUUCGGCAUCAACGAGCCUGGCGUCUUCAUCUCUAAGGUGAUCCCCCAUGGCUUGGCGUGUCAGAGUGGGCUGCGGGUGGGGGACAGGAUACUGGAGGUGAACACCAUCGACCUGCGCCACGCCACCCACCAGGAGGCUGUUAGAGCCCUGCUCUCCAACAAGCAGGAGAUCCGCAUGCUGGUGCGCAGGGACCCCUCACCGCCUGGGAUGGAGGAUAUAGUUAUCCAGAAGCAGCCUGGAGAAAAGCUGGGCAUCAGCAUCCGCGGCGGUGCCAAGGGCCACGCUGGCAACCCCUUCGACGCCACCGAUGAGGGCAUCUUCAUAUCCAAGGUGAGCUCCAGCGGUGCGGCUGCCAGGGAUGGCCGUCUGCUAGUGGGCAUGCGGAUCUUGGAGGUGAGCAACCACAGCCUGCUGGGCAUGACCCACACGGAGGCUGUACGGGUGCUCCGCGCCGUGGGAGACACCCUGGUCAUUCUGGUGUGUGACGGCUUCGACCCUGGCAACGCUGCCGCUAUAGAGGCGUCGCCGGGCAUCAUUGCCAACCCGUUUGCAGCGGGCAUCGUGCGUAAGAACAGCAUGGAGAGCAUCUCCUCUAUAGACCGAGACCUGAGUCCUGAGGAGAUGGACAUCCUACAGAAGGAGGUGGUGCGAGAGACGUCCCAGUGGGAGAGCGAAGAGAUGGAGGAGGUGGAGCGCAUGCGCUUGGAGCGUGAGGAGGAUACUCGCCUGCUAGAAGAGGAGACCGAGAACCUGGGCACUGGGCCUCUGAAACUGGACUACCGGACACUGGCCGCACUGCCCACCACCGCUCUGCAGAAGGUCAACAGAUUAUCUCCUUCUGUCAGUGCAACUGUCCCCACGGAGGCCCCCAUGCAGGCCCAAUGUUCUUUCCCCUUAGAGCCCCUGGGUUUUGGCCUGGGGCAGCCCCCCACCUCCCUCUUUCAUGUGGACCCCCAUGCUCUGCCUCAGUCCUGCCCCACUAUGAACACAGAGGCAGAGCCCCUCUACAUGUCCCAGCACUCUCCCAGUCCCUCCAUAACCUCCUCCAAUCAAGAAGCAGCUAGACAAGAAGCCCUGCCUACCGGUGAAGAUGAGGAGGAGGUGGUUCUGGUGGACUCCCAGCCAAUCAACUUCACUGAGAACCCCUUCCUGGUGGCCAAUCGCAGGAGCAAGGGCCUCCCCCCCUCGGAGCGCAUCCUAUCAGGGCCUCACGUGGGCUACGGGAGCGCGGGCAAGCUGCAGCCCUGGUUAUUCAGCAAGGCGCCCUCCACUGAGCCCCCCAGGACAGACAGUCCCAUUAGAGAUGCCCCGUACUCACCUAGCACACAACCGCCCAGUGCUCAUUCCUCCACCAGCUCCCUGUGUGCAGGCAGGGAGACCCGCUUCGCAAGCAUUCAUUUCACCCCUACUGCACUGCCUGCCAAGGAGAAUAACUCACCCUAUGAGACAAGGCCAGGUGCCAUCCAGCCCCUCUCCCGUGGUGGCGGGCGGCAGAUCACCUCGCCAGCCACUCCGGAUGGGCACAGCAGAGACGGGCACAGCAGUCCCAACCCCUUCCAGCAUGGCCCCUCCCCCAUCAACUCUCAGUCCUUUGAUCAGUUUGGCCAGAGGAACAAUGUCCACCCCAAUCAGCCUUCUCCUUCUCCAGAGCCUGAGCUGAACAACGAGGUGUUUGAGGAUGAGGUAGAGGGGGACGGAGGAGUGGGUAGAGGUCAGGCAGCCCCAGUCUCUCCCCGACCCUCCCUCUCCUCUGACCGUCGGGACUAUAUGAGUCUGGCAGCAGUGCCACGCCUCUCCAGAGCCUCCAUGGACAUGGUCGUAAAGACUCCAUCACCUGGGGGCAGAGACAGCCUGGAGCAGCGCUCCUUCAGGGACAGACAGAAGUACUUUGAGAUCGACGUGAAGCAACAGACGCCCGACAGCAAGCCCAAAGGCCGCGUGUCCCUGGUGGGAGCAGACGACCUGAAGAAGAUGAGGGAGGAGGAAGAGAGGAGAUUCGAGCAGCGGGCACGGGAGUACCUGAUGGAUGACGAUGACGAGGAGGAGGAUGACCUGGUGACGCAGAUGGGAGUGUUGAAGGCCACGGGCAAGGUGUUGCUGGACGGGGUGGAGUACAAGGUGGAGCCUGUAGCCACGCCCCCCAGGCACUGUAACACGCCCCCCAGCUACUGUGGCAGCUCAGGACCCUCGUUAGUGGAUGGUAAAGGAGACUCCCAGAGGAAUUCCCUAGAGGAGAGCUUCAGGUUGGAGCAGCAGAGGCCCAACUCCAUGACUGGUCUGAUCCCAGUGUACCCUGGAGAGUCGGGGGCUCCCAUCCGGACGGCCAAGGCAGAGCGGAGGCAACAGGAGCGGCUGAGAAUGCAUAGUCCAGAGCUGACCCCAGCCGGAGACAAGGACCUCUCCCCCUCCGAGAAACGGGCUCUGGAAGCCGAGAAGAGAGCCAUGUGGAGGGCAGCAAGGCCCUAUGGCCUAGAGGAGGAUGUUAGGCAGUAUGAGCAGGACCUGGCUAAGAGGCUCUACCAGUCGCGAGUGAGGGCGUCUCAGGGCACCGCGCCACCCCCUCAGUCCCAAAACGCUGCCACCUCCUCCGCUGCCUCCCAGCUCAGGAUGAAGUCUCUGGAGCAGGAUGCGUUGAAGGCUCAGAUGGUCAUCGCUAAGUCCCGGGAGGGAAAGAAGCGUGGGACAAUGGACCAGCUGGCCGAGUCGCCCUCGCCCGCCCCCACGCCAUCCCCCACCCCUCUGGAAGAUUUCAGUCCACAAGGAGUGACGUCACCAGGCAGACUGUCCCUGUCGGAAAAGAAGUUUGACUACCGACAGUUUGCUGCCAUUCCUUCUUCCAAACCCGUAUACGACAUUCAGUCCCCUGACGUGGUGGAUGACAUUCAGUUCAUUGACGAUGGCUCCAGUAACCCAGUGCGCGCUGCGGAUCCCGGGACUGAGGUGCCCGCUGCACUGCCCACUGCCACCUCGGCGCUGGAGGAGAUGGCCCUCUACAGCAACAAGCGCAAGCUGAGGCAGGGCCGCCGCAGCCUGGAGACCGCCGUGCCCACAUAACACCUCACGCACAUCUACCACAGGAGACUCGGGAGACAUACACACACAGAGGAGGCACCGGGUCACUACACACACUCACAGGUUUGGGAGAUGCAUCCCAUGUAACCACUACAGAGACCAUGAUGCUGAUAAUCAACACACACACACACACCAUGUCAUAUCCUGCGUGCCAGUCUUGCCUUUACAGUCUGAGGAUGUGUUGGCAUGAACACGAGGCCCAACGUUCUUGAUGCCAGGGAGGAGGAGGGCCGGUGAGGGGAGCUAGCAUUACGCUUCAAAAAGACCAUUCUCUUUCUUUAUUUGUGUUCUUUCUCUUCAGUUUACGUUUUAGAAGCUGAAUUAUAUUAACAGGCGACUGAUAUGUUUUUAUUUUUGACCCUCUGAUUUUUGCGGUUUUAAAAGAAAAAUGUGUUCUGGAAGAGAGAGGAAAAAAUAUGAAUUGUGUAGCUGUAAUACUAACUCUUCAGAUGCUAUUUUUGAGGUUUUCAGUGAAUAGAUUGUGAAAUGUCAGGGUUUUUAGCGGGCUUCGGGGAGUGGGAGUGUAUAUAUUGGGAACAUACUGCUACCUUCACUGCCACGUUUUAAACACUAUAUACAUAUCUCAACUGCACUACCACCCUGCUUAGAAAACAUGUUUAUUUUUAAAUAAUUUAUUUUGCUUGUAUUUUAUUACUCUAAUCGAAAGCCUCCCCUGUAAUACAUUGUUGUUCCCCCUGUACUUUUGAGUGCAACGGCACAAUGGAGCGAUGCAUAUCAUUUUAUUUAUCAUAAUGACAUCAAUGCAUAUCAUGAUAUCAUAUUAAUUCAAAUGUUUAAAUACCUUGUAUUAUUCAUAAGGAUCUUAUGAGGCAAGCACAUGUUUAAUCCAUAUCACCAAGGCAUUUUAUUUUACAAUGAAUACAUUUGUUUUCACUUUGUUGGUGCACAGGCCUUAACCAGGUUCUGACUGCUGAAAUGUCCCUAAUUAUAGCAUGGUACAUUACAAGGAACAUGCUGUCACAGACUUGUAGGAUACUGAUCCCAGUACAGUUUUUGAUCUCAGUGGAUCAGAGUAAAGGAUCUGUAGCUUUCCUGGACCAGGUUUAUCAGAUUCUGUCACAUUCCCAUUCUAGAGAAUGUAACUACACUGGAGAGACCAGCAGACACACACACACAUAGACAGAAAUCAGAUAAGCCACUAGUCUUUACUCAAAAUGCCUGUCAAUUUGGGAACAUAAUCUCAGCUUCAUUUACAUAUACGGUACUUUCCCUGCCCUUUUGGGGGGCAUCAUGUGUCAAUGUGAAUCUCACUCAUAUCUGGAUGGUAUUCCAGAUUUGGUCGGUGAAGGUAGCAGGUGUUUGCUUUUUUGAAAAUCUGUCUAUUAUUGUGUGAAUAAUGUACAAAAUACUGAAUGGAAAGCAAAACUUAACGGUUGAAAUUGAGCCAGUCUACUAAGCCAAGACCAAGCAAGUGUCUGGACUGCUAGUCCAGUCUGGACUGGGGAUCUCUCUCUCUCUCUCUCUCUUGUCUCCUCUCUCUCUCUCUCUCUCUCUCUCUCUCUCUCUCUCUGCAUGUACAAUAUAUUGGCUUUACUGGGAGAACCUGUAGAGGCUGAAGACGUUUUGUUAAUCCCUUUUGAAAUGUAUCUCAUUCGACCAUUAUUCUCAAUCUGUCUUUCCUCUGCUCUACAUGCUGCUGUCAUGGAUGUUAUCUGAUGGCAGCUUUGUUGGAGAAUCAUGACAAAGAGUAAAAUUAGUGUUUAAUUGAAUGUACUAAUCAUAUCUUUGUGUUGCUCUCGCUGACUGAAAUUCAGUUAGGAUGAUAACAUUUGCGAAUGGCUGACAAAUUAUAAUUUUUUUACUUACUUAGUCCCCCAAAAGUAUUCAAGAGAAGAGGGUAACCAAAGAAAGUUCAAACAGUUGUUUUGCAUAAAAUAUGGGAUUCACAACAUUUUCUAUGCAAAACAACUGUUUGAACUUUCUUUGGUUAUCCUCUUCUCUUGAAUGCUUUUGGGGGACUGUUUUUCCAAACGCGUCAGAGGGAAAGGGCAGAAGUGCUGGGGUCAAGGCUUAGAACUCAUUCAAGACUGUAACUAGUGAAUUUGUACAACCAAAGAGGUCUAUUUUGUGGUUCAGGAAUAAUAAAGUUUACUUUUCAUUUAACAAGCUGA